AUGUCUCGAAUCUCCCUCGAUCUAGCGAACAGUGCGCACCAUGGGCCUGCUCAGCGUCCGACAUCUUCCACCAUACCGUCCUCGCCGAUGCACCCCAUCCGCCACGCCAGCACCAUGGUCGCGAACAAAGCCCCUCACGUCGCGGUCGUCGGCGCCGGCUUUGCGGGGCUGCGUUGCGCCGACCUCCUGGCCCGCAGCGGCGUCAAGGUGACGCUCUUCGAAGCCCGCGACCGGAUAGGCGGGCGGGUCCAUCAGAUCGAGUCGGCCGGUCAUCUCGUCGACAUGGGCCCCAACUGGAUCCACGGCACCAAGGGUAACCCGAUCAUGCGUCUUGCCGAACAGACUGGCACGCUGAUCAUGGCGCCCGAGGAGGAGCGGCAAGCCCUCUUCGACACCGAGGGGACGAGACGGCCAGACUCGGAGGCGGUGGACCUGUCGGCCAAGAUAUGGGACCUGGUCGUCGACGCGUUCAAGUAUUCCGACGAGAACUCGGCGCGCAUCGACCCGGCCGUCAGUCUGUUCGAGUAUUUCCGCGCGAAGAUCGACGACGACUGCGACGAGGGCCUCGAUCGGCGGAAACGAGACGAUCUUCUCCGUGAAGCGCAGAUGUGGGGGCCCUUUGUGGGCGACGCCAUCGAGACGCAGAGUCUCAAGUUCUUCUUCCUCGAGGAGUGCAUUGAGGGGGAGAACGUCUUCGUGGCGAGCACGUACCGCGACAUCCUGAGGGAGGCGGGCCGCUCGGCGACAGGACAUAGCGACAAUGUCGAGCUGAGACUAGAGACGGAGAUUGUGCAUUUCAAUUUGGAUUCUGGUGUGGUCGCAAAUGACGAGGGUAACGGUAACAACAACGGCAAUGGUCACGGUGACGAUAAUGUCGAUGAUGAUGUCGAUCGUAAUAAUAACAACAACUCACACCACCACACCGUCACCCUCACAACGUCGCACCACCAGAAACACACCUUCGACGAAGUCAUCAUCACCUGUCCUCUGGGCUGGCUGAAACGAAACCACGAAAAGGCAUUCACACCGUCCCUCCCCGACCGUCUCACCUCGGCCAUCUCAAACAUCAACUAUGGCCGUCUGGAGAAGUUAUACGUCACGUUCCCGCGCGCGUUCUGGCUCACGUCCAACGACGACCACGACGACCACGACGACGACAUGUCCAGCUACCCCGUAUUUACCCACUUCCACGACCCAUCCUACAUCCCCCACCCCCAGGACGAGGCGUGGAACCAGUCCGUCGUCUCGCUGGCCCAUCUCCCGUCUCCGGCCGCGCACCCGACCUUGUUAUUCUACAUCUACGGGGCGUGCGGGACGCGGCUCGUCAAUGCCACGGCAGACCUGCCUGUGGGGGGCGAUGAAUAUAAUCGCACGCUGGACGCGUUCGCCCGGCCCUUUUAUUCCCGCCUGCCGAACUACGCGCCCAGCGACCCGUCCUGCUGCUGCACGCCGACCGCGUUUCUGAUGACGAAGUGGCAGGCCGAUCGGUUCGCGGGGAAUGGAUCGUACUGCAAUUUCCAGGUGGGCCUGCAGCGCGGCGACGAGGAUAUCGAAUGUAUGCGUGACGCGGGCGGGCUGACGGGGCGGGGACUGUGGUUGGCCGGCGAACACACCGCGCCGUUUAUCGCUUUGGGGACGACGACGGGCGCGUGGUGGAGUGGAGAGGCCGUUGCGCGGAGGGUAUGUCGCAAAUAUGGUCUUGCGGUGGUUGAGGAGGGUGGCACAGUGGCAGUCGAUCGAGUCAAUGGAGUCGUCACCGGGCCAGAAGCUGGGAAGAAGGAAUUAGAUAAGAAGAGGAUGGAUGGUGCCAAUUUGAGUGGAUUGGCGAUUUGA